UGAAAAAUACAAAAUAUGACGGUCUCUGAGUCAGUACGAUUAUGUCUGUUUGGAUGAAAAUGCCUACCCCAAAUGUAAUGAUUUUUAAGCCAUAGUGAGAUGAAAUGGAGGGUGAAAGAAUUCUACAAAAAAUUUUGAAAGGAGAGUGCCGCCAAUUGCAGGAUUUGAAGAAUUUUACAGCUCCUUUUGAGAAAUUCCUGGGAGAUGAGAGCCCCAAAUGUAUGGCAAAAAAGGCUUUUGGAUAUGAAAAGAUAUCCAAGUAUGGUGCUUUCUGUAUAAAACUGUUAAGAUGCUGUGUUGAAGCCUUGUCCAAGCGGAGGAAGCAAGAAAAUGGAAAUCCAAUUCAAGAGGAUUGCUUUAAAUGUGCUGUUUUAGGCGCUGAUAUACUGUCAAAAUUGAUUACAAGUGGUAUUGUUUUGCCACCUGAGAUAUCAAUUUCCACCAUUACUAAACUGUUUUUCCAUUUAAUCAUUAAUGCUUUAAAGGAGGAUUGCACCAAUUAUUUGGUUCCUAUUACCUGUUCUCUUGUCAAUAUAACACAAACGGUGAUGAAAUCAGGACAUGAUAAUAUUAUUAAAGAGUCACAAGGAUUGUGCAAACAACUAUCCAAUCAUUUAUGGAAUGCUGCUAUUAAACUCCCAAAGACCAUGGACAAACUGAAGAGGAAUCUUCUGGCAUUAUCUUUAAGAGAAAAAUCUAUUGAUUUGUUAUUUGUUGCUAAACAGGAUGUGGAUUUUAUCAUUGAGCGUGGUUUGCUUUCAGGAAAGAAGUUUCAACUAGAAGUAUGUGAUUCUUCUCAGAGACAAGAAGGAAAAAUCCUUCUUCUCAGUAUCUUAAGUAAUGUGGUACCAUUACUGGAUAGUGGGCUUUCAGAAAGUGUACAACUUUAUUCCAAACUAGAGGAUUUAUGUAUUACCUGCUGUGAAUUAUCUAUUACCCCAUCUCAUAUCCAAGAAGUUGUAAAGAGUUUCAAUUGCCUUGUCAAAACGGAUGCAAAGAACAAUGCAAGUCGUGAAAGCAGAUUCAGUGUUUUUCAACAUACUAUUCAAAUCCUUUUAUGUGCUUUGUCCUUUCGCUUGAAAAAUGUGAAAGAGCUUGAUAACCACAAGUAUGAGCUUGAUCUGAAAUGGAAUGCAGUUCAAAAACGCUUAGCCAGCACAACUGAGGCAAUGGGAAGCCUGGAUUCAAACCUGUAUAUGGAGAGUCGAAUUCAUCUUGCAAUGGACUAUCUAAGAUGCACACUCAGUGAGAUUUUCAGAACAACUUCGAAUAAUUUGGUUAAGAUCCCUGCAGAGAUUUUGUCUGCUCUGUAUGAUCUUCUGUUUGUGUGCUACAGUAUUCAAAGUCAUUUAGCUAAGAAGACAGUUGAUCAGUGUAUAUCAAACACAAAUACCUGGAAGAUGAAUGUGCAACCAAAACUUGCAAUGUUGUACCUUAUUAGUACAGUCCUUGAAAAGAAAAUGAACAGUGGUUCCGGAAAAACGUCGUAUUAUGGCAGGAAAAAUGGAGUGAAACAUGAUUAUGUUGCCAUUAUGAUCGAAGGAAUGAAGACAAUAGAUGACGUGAUUGAAGAAACACCGGCAGCAAUAGAUCAAUAUGGUCACUAUGCUUUCUUCGCUUUCAACAUCGGCCUAAUACUUCACAACUGUAGUCAAGUCAAUGACGCGUCGUCUCUUGCGCGUUUAGCGUGCGAGGCAGGUACCAAGUGGUAUCUUGCGCAUUCCGAGGAAUCAAACGCAAUCUCAAAGGCGAAACUGCAUAAUAAGUACGAGCUUUUGUCAGAUUGUUUGAAAAAACAAGGUCAUUGGUUGGAAUCAUUACGUACUAUGGGCCUCUGUUGUCAAUACUAUAUGUUGUCUAUUGAUGAUAAGAUUGAUGAAAAAGCGUCAGACUAUGUAUUAAAAUGGUCAAAAAGGAAAUAUAACGCUAUCAAAGAACUGAAUGAUAAGGAAGAUGUUCAUAAAAUUCAGCGAUGCAAUCUAGAUGAUAACUGCAAAGAUUAUAAUGGCCCGAGUCUUAAAGAAGAACAAGUCUGUGCGUUCCUCAGAAUGGAGUUGGAAUGUUACAGGAAGAAAAGAUACUGCACGCCUUUUGAUCAACUUUGUGUGGUUGAAAAACUCUUGAAUCUCUACCUGGGAUUGGAGGAUGAGACGAAUGCUUUUCUUAUGAGGUUGGAGAAGGUGAAAGUAAUGUACCAUAUGGCGGUGCAAUUGGAUGAUGGUAUUUCCAGCAUAAGUGAUGGCCUACUCUUUUGCGAAGAUCUAAUCGAAGAUAUCAAUGAAAUGCUGCUGCAUAAACAACCGGGAUUGUUCAAGGUUAAAGAUAUCCUUGCUUCAGCCUAUUUCUGGAGCUUUAUUUUGAAAUAUUCAAUCGCUGUGCAGCAAACAAAGGAGGAUAUGAAGGAAUGCACUAACGAUGCAUGCAAGGAAAAUGAGCGACUUACCAAUGAUCUCGCUGCUAAUUUAGAGAAGGCACAAUCGUUGAGUAUGACUCCAGACUUCUUGCAUGCUUUAAAUUUGGCGGUGAACGAAUGGACUGAGUUGAUAACUGAAGGUGUCAAAAAGAACUCAAAGCUUGGUGUGUGUUCCCAAAGUGAGACAUGCUGGAUGCUCCAAAUCGCCUCUUCCGUAUACGGUUUUCUUAACUUGACGCUCAUUCGGAUUCACACGUUGCUUGUUUUGGCGACGUUUGCAACUCUUUGUGGUGAUGACGAAAGCUUAGAAACGGUGGUGGUCGCUAACUCUCUGGCCAUUCAGGCGUUAUGUGACGAGGGAAAUACGCCUGCUGCUGAACUGUUGCGCAACAAGGCCGACGAAAUCUUAUCAACGCUCGGGGUAAAUUUUCGCCCGAGCACCAGAUAUUCAUUUUCGCUUGCAAAGAGUCAGCUUUUUCUGUGCAAAGGAUUGCACGAUGAGGGAUGGCAACUUGUACAAGCUGUUCUCAACGAGGCGAAGGAAAAUUCUGGAAUCACAAUGCAGUUUUUGCUUUUGAAAGCAAAAUUACUGUGCGUUAGAUAUUUAUCACUCCCAGUUCCUCUUUUCAAAGUUAAAGGUACUGAUGAUUCCAACUAUUUUGAUUAUUUGUCUGAAUCGACGAAAUAUGUUGACACAUUAGUGAAACAUUUUAUAGAGAAUGGCGCAGGCAAUGAAAUUGCUGGUCUGAACGACCCAAAGAAAGAACGUGUUGUCUUCUUGUCUCACUGGUCCCUGUUAAGAGAACUGUCUUGUUGUUAUGCCGAAAUCGGUAAAGUGUACUUGCUUCAAGGAGCAUUAAGAGAAUCAAAGCGUUUUCUUGAAGACGGUCGGAAGAUUACCAAACGAUACUUGUCUGCGAAAAGAUAUUCUCUAUUCACUCUUGAGUUGGCAGAGUUGUAUACAGUUUGGGAUAUGGCUGAGAUGUCUCAGGCUUAUUUGGAAGAUGCUUUAGGUGUCGUAAAACCUAAUGUGUCCUUGCUUGAUAUGGUGAAUAAAACUACCAUUUUUGAGGUGGAAAAGCACGAGGACUCUGUAUUUGGUAGCUACGAGAGCGUAUCAUACGCUCAACUUUACAUCAAGCUGUAUCAUUGUUACUGCCAAUAUUUAAAAUUGAAUGGCAACGGUUCUGAAGUUAAAAAAGCCGUCUCUUUGUCGCACGAUCUACGUCAGAACUCAGUUAAACUGUAUAGACAUGCACUUGUAAACCAGGAGCGCAUGUUUGCUGUGGCAUAUGGCACUAAUUGUGACGAGUCAAUUGCCGAGCUGCCUUGCCCUGACGGGAAGAGAAACACAAAAGCUAAAGGUAAACGUGUUAAAGCUACAACAAAGCAAAGUGGGAAAGUUACCUCAGAACUUAACGCUGAUAAGGCCGAUAUUGCUUCUCUUGUGUUCGUUGAAAGCUGUUUAAAAACCUAUGCGUUAGACGCCGAUAAUGCUUUAAUGGAACGUGAUUACUCUCGACUACUUUCAAAUGUGCAAGCAGGAUUAGACAUGGUUCAAUGGGCUCAAGGCAUUGUGAGUGAUCCAUUUUUGUUAGACUUGAUGUCAACUUCAUUGCUUCAUUAUCUCCAUGGAGUCGCACAAGUCUUAGCGAGCAGUAAUGGAUUUGAUUCUUGGAAGGUUGUGGGUGGAGCUCCACCCCUGGUUACAAACGUUGCUGAUGUAUCUGAAGAAAUGUGGCCGCUAGAUCUUUCCGUUACACCUGUGAAGCCAUCAAGAAAGUCCAGACGGGGUUUAACUAAUAGUAAGAAAGAAUGUUUCGAUGUUUUAUUCUGUGAUGACAUCCUUACGGAUCAGAAGGAUCGUGUAGAAAACAUUUCCUCGCACCCCACCUCUGUUGACAGCAAGACUAAGAAAAAAGCACGCAAUGGGCGGAUAUUAACUACCGAAGAACCAUCAUCACUCGCACGAUCGAAGAAAACACCUGCUUCGAGAAAGGUAAUGAGCAGCAUACCACAAACUCCGCUUGCGUCAGGGAAAGAGACCGAUGAUGUAACGACUGAAAGAGGGUUGAAAGGUGUCAAAAAAGACAGUCGUUCUUCCAGGAAGAACACCAAAGAAGUUUCCUCUAAAGGUUCAACAAAAUCCAAGGAGGAUUGUGAGAGGGAUAUUUUAUUCGACGUUUCUAAACCUCAAAGAAAAGAACGGGAAGAAAUAAAAAGAAAAUCUACGAAAUCCUCUCGUGAUAUUGAACAGUGUGAUCAAACUGAAGAAGAACUUCAUCAACGAAAAGGAAUGGAUGAGAACGGCGGGAUAUUCGAUGGAACGAUCGAGAAAGAUAAAGAUAUGACAAGCGCUUUGGACUCAUUCAAUUCAUCUCUACAGUAUCUUUAUCCUUGUUACAAUUCAAUAUUGUUAACUCGAACUUGUCAUGCUCUCGUUUUGUGUCAUGGGUCAAAAUCCCCAGAGAAGGCAGCUGUCUUUCAAAAUAUGGCAAUGGCUACUACUUUACACCACCAAACAUUGAAUCGUUCUACGAAAAAGAUCAGGAAAGAAAAAGAAAAGCAAAUGAAUGACAGAAAUGAGAGCAAUCACGAGGAUGAACUAGUGAAGUUGUUGGAAUCAGUAACGUUGGGCAACGCUGAGAGAAAAAGUAUCAAACAACUAUUGCAAUUACAAACCAUUAAGAAGACGGUUGCUUUUACAAAAUCUGCUGGCGAUGCUCUUGAAUGCUUUAAAAACACCAUCGAUUUAUUGCCAGAAGGUAAAACUGAAUAA